AUGCAAAAUUUAAUAGAUGUCUACACGGAUAUGCCGCCUGUUACACGGGCAUAUACAACAGCGUGUGUUUUGACAACGCUGGCUGUGCAACUUGAUUUUAUCACUCCUUUUCACUUAUACUUCAACUGGGAUUUGAUAAUAAAACGAUAUCAGUUUUGGCGACUCCUCACCUCCUUUUGUUUCUUCGGGUCAUUUGGGUUCAGUUUUAUGUUCAACAUGAUAUUUACAUAUCGGUACUGUAUGAUGUUAGAAGAAGGAUCAUUUCGUGGAAGGCGAGCUGACUUCGUUUAUAUGUUUCUACUCGGAGGAGCUUUGAUGAUUUUAUGUGGUAUAUUCGUGCAAAUGGUUUUUCUUGGUCAAGCGUUCACUAUCAUGCUUGUAUACAUUUGGAGUAGACGAAACCCUCAUAUCCAGAUGAAUUUCUUCGGUGUGCUCUCUUUCACAGCCCCCUAUUUGCCAUGGGUUCUACUCCUUUUCUCGCUUUUAUUGGGGAACAACGCAAUAGUAGAUUUCAUGGGUAUUGCCUGCGGACAUUUCUACUUCUUCCUUGAAGACGUUUUCCCGUAUCAGCAACACGGAAUGCGUUUGUUGGUGACUCCAGGAUGGUUGAAGUGGUUGUGUGAUGAGCCGCAAGCGGACCCUGUGCCUGAAGAAGAACGACCAGGCGGCUUCGGAUGGGGUGUGGAAGAUGAGUAA